AUGGCGGCUGGACGAGGUGAGUUCUUCCGAAGUUUUCUUGAGGGUUUACAGGGGCUGACGGUACAACCGGCUCCAUGGGGGCAACAGCCGAGUCGUGGGAGAGGAAGGCCGGGUCCCGGUGGAGCAUUGACGGCUCAGGGGAGAGGACGUGGGGGCGGCAGGAGACGGAAGAAGCGAACAAAUGUGGAACUGAGGACCGCCAGCGCGACUGAGCCCAGAGACCGUCACAGCGGCGUGACGUCAUUCUUUCCUGAAACAAAAUUGCCGCUUUUCAAGGAAAACGUUUUGGAAAGGCUCCCGUCUGAGAUUCUGAUGCGGAUCCUGUCGUUCCUGGACGCCUCCUCGUUGUUUUGCGUCAGUCACGUGAGCCGACUCCUCCAUCGACUCUCCAACGACGACGUCUUGUGGGAGAGGAUUUAUCUGGCGGAGUUCGGGUGUCUGACGUGGAAGCUGCAGUCGGCGGAUGACGUCAAGGUGACGGAGGAGGAGGAGGAGGAGGAGGAGGAGCAUCCGGUGAGCCGAUGGAAGAAGAUGUAUUUCAAAAUGAUUGUCGGACAAGAGAUGAAGAAGUGGAGGAGAGACCUGAAGGACCUGAGUCCGUACACCGGCCUGCCCAGACAGAUGGACUGUGUCCUCAGGAGCCUGAGCGUGAGCUGGGAGCUGACGCUGUGCGACCUCUCGGGGCGGCAGAGCACGUUCGAGCAGAGCGCGGUGCGUUUCUUCAAGUCCUCGUUGGUCCUCACCUGGAGCCGAGGCUUCCACGUCAGACAGUAUCAGAUCAGCAGCAUCCAGCUGUACGGCGUCAGGAACAAGGCGUCCACGAGCACCAAAACCAGGAAGCCCGGCUGGCGCUCUCAGAUCUUAGACCUGGACGUGAAAUCCUCUCCCUGUCGCUUCAUCGGUAAAGACCGGCUGAUCAAAGUUCUGCUGCUGCAGCCGGGCGUCGUCGUCGGCAUCUGGAGGGGUCAGAACCAGGUGGCCUUCAUCAUGAUCAGCCUGCAUUUCCAUAAACUGGUGGAGAAGAGUCUGCUGGGGUCUCCAGUCUGCCCGUACUCCGAGCCCGCAGACCCUCCGCCUGCUGGGGACUCGGACCCCGAGCUGGGUCUUCACGGCUACACUUUGGACUUUGUCCUGCACAACACCGGCACUGAGAUCAUGUCGGGUCACUUCCGCCAGCUGUCCUGUAGCAAAGUUCAGGUCUGUGGACUCCUGGAGCUGAGCGUCAUCGACGGCGCAGACGUGUCGCAGCACCGAGGCCUUUCUGGAAGCGUCAGGCUUCCCUGGAGCAGCGACGAGAUGGAGGGUGCGGUGGAGAACUGCUGCUUCAUGACUCUGACCCUGCUGGACGAGUUUCAGAAACACUUCUGGUGCGUCAGCGUGCCCGUUCACAUCUCGAUGGCGACCCGGGCGCAGUCCUGGGACUACAGCGGCGAGGACUUCCUGAUGGAGUACCAGGACCCGGAGGGUAAGGUGAGGAUGAAGCUGGUCUGGUUGGAGGAGCAGAAGCAGUUCUUCCUCAUCAGCCUCACCGUCUACCUUUCUGCCGCCAAAGUCAACAAACAUUUCAGCCGAGCCUACUGA